AUGGUGCUGCACGUCCACGAGCAGAUUUCGAUCAAUAUGCCGAAGAUGAUCGAUAAAGCGAUCGAGAUUUCGCAGACGAUCACGAAGCAAAAAGAGUACGCUAGCGGUGUGCUGACCGGCGAAGCGGUGCGGAAGAAAGCCGACGAGUUCGAGAAGCACUUCGAGGAAUAUCUCCCCCAUGCCCGCAUCUACAAUGAUAAGCUGCACGUUCACGAUAUGAUCUCUUCGAAUAUGAAACGGCUGAUCGAAGAAACGACCGUGAAUUCCAUGCUGAUCAUCAAGCAGAAGCUCUAUGCGAAUGGUGCCGCCAUCAGUGAAACUUUAUGGCAAAAGGCGCAGGCGUUUGAGAAGAAUUUUGAGGAAUACCUGCCGCAUGCCCGCAUCUACAAUGAGAAGUUAAUGGAUCUGGCCGAUGACAGCGAAGCCCUGUUGCGUGGUUUCAAGCCGAUGGCUCCCGAACCGCAAAAUCCGCUAGGUCCCGAGGUCUUCUGUCAGGUUUCU